UGUGAAACGUGAUUGACGUUGUCUGCUCGAACUUGAACGUUGCGGGGGUACCAGGAGAUUCCGUGUAGAAGAAUUCAGCUGCGACGUAAGAAGAUUUAAAGAGAGGAUUGGCGAAGUUCCUGACACGGAGGAAGGAGUCGCUAGAAGAAUAUGGAGGAGAGGGCCGAAUAAUACACCCCUGAACGCGAGUAGCGCAGCCAGUCGUAAAGUCGGACCUGAAGAAUCCAUAAACCGCUCCGGAAAACGAGGAUCGCCGUUGAAUAAACGCACCAUCCCCCUCCUGCGGGGGUCGUGAUCGUGUAUCCUGUUCCUAACCCGCUCGGUUCUCUGCUCAGAGGUCAAUUUGAAAGCGAUGCAAGGAACGAGGCGCCUUUUACGAGGCAGCGUGCGCCGCCUAACAGAAGGGGACUUCGACCAUCCACAUCGUGUUUGCGUUACGAAGUUGGAAAGGACUGGUCUCCCAUGCCAUCAACACGACUUGUCCCGUGGCCUGGUGCGCUCCUGAAUCCGCCUGGCUAACCGUCUUCGAUCUACUAUGCGGAGGGAGGGACAAAGUCGAGGCUCGGUAUCCGUGGAAACGAACAGGCACGUGGAGAAAGUGCCCUGGCGUCGAGGAUGCCUCGACGCUGGUGAACGAUCGUCCUUCGAUGGAGUCCAGGUGAAAGUGUGCUGAUGUAGCUCCGUAAGGGUGGAACUCGAAGGACACCAUGGACGGGAACUUGACCGCCUGGACGAACAAUCUGACGGCGAUGCUCCACCAGGUGCCCUGCAACGACAGCUUCUUGGGCUGCGUGGACGAGUGCGGGGCUGGUCUGUUGGGGUUCGAUCACCUCUGCACGACGGACAAGGGCACCUUCACCUCGUCGAUGACGCUGCUCUGCAGACCUUGCGACUACUCUUGCGACGUGAACGUGUCACUGGUUCUCAGCGGGUUGGAAAGCGUGGAGGGUGUCUUCCUCUCGAGGAUACCGAGGUUCAGGGAGUGCAACGAGACGGCGUUCGAGAACGAGAUCCUGGAAUGCACGCCAGCGGAGAAUGCGACUACGGUGGAUCUCGCGGUGUCCUGCUCGCACAGAGCGAAAUUAAGUUCGUCGACUAGGAGCCGCCGUUUCGAAUGGAGCUUCCUCUUCGUGGCGGUGUUCAUCGUGGCGGGUGGCCUGGGCAAUAUACUGGUCUGCCUGGCCGUGGGUCUCGACAGGAGGCUGCACAACGUCACGAAUUACUUUCUUCUGUCGCUCGCCGUCGCCGACCUUCUCGUCAGUCUCUUCGUGAUGCCCCUGGGAGCGAUACAAGGAUUCCUCGGAUACUGGCCGUUUGGCGUGCACUGGUGCAACGUUUACGUGACGUGUGACGUGCUGGCGUGCUCUGCGAGCAUAAUGCACAUGUGCUUCAUCUCCUUGGGCCGCUAUCUGGGCAUCAGGAACCCGCUGAGGACGCGGCACACGUCCACUAAGAGAAUGGUCGGCUUCAAGAUCGCCGCCGUAUGGCUGCUCGCCAUGUUGGUCUCUAGUUCCAUUACAGUAUUAGGUAUAAUAAAUCCCGUGAACAUCGUACCGCGGCCAGGCACGUGCAUGAUCAACAACCGCGCGUUCUUCGUGUUCGGUUCGCUGAUAGCUUUCUACAUCCCCAUGAUCGUGAUGGUGGCGACGUACGUGCUGACGGUGCCGUUGCUCAGGCAGCAGGCUCGUUUCGUCGCCGAACAUCCCGAGAGGGAUCAGUUCCGCAGGUUGGGGGGUAGAUACCCCUCGACGAAGGCGUCCUCGACGACCUCGAGCACCGGUACAACCACCACGGCCUCCCUGGCCACGCGACACGCGUGGAGGACUUCCGGUGGCCCUGGAAACGACAGGUACAAGGGUGGAAGACAAGACAAACAGCGACCGCAGAUGAAUUUCGCUGUGAACGGGGCUAGUAGUCCUACCGGAAGCGCAGCUGGGACGAAACUGGUGUCGAAAGUGGAUCAAGCCACUCAAACGCCGGAGAACAUCGCCCGCGAAACAAGGAACUUCACUUUGAGGGCCCUGAAACUGCAACUGAACGUCGCGCCUAACACCCUCAAUCUCAGGUUUCUAGCAGGACGAACGAAAAGAAGAUCCCUGGCAGCAAACGCAGUGGCGACAGAGCAGAAGGCCAGCAAGGUUUUGGGUCUUGUCUUCUUCACCUUCGUCCUGUGCUGGGCGCCCUUCUUCCUUCUGAACAUCUUGUUCGCCGCCUGUCCAACGUGUCCUGUGCCUGGCCACGUGGUGGACACGUGUCUCUGGCUAGGAUACGUGUCCUCUACCAUCAAUCCAGUCAUUUAUACCAUAUUUAACAAAACGUUCAGGGCUGCCUUCAUACGUCUAUUGAAGUGCAAGUGUUCCAGGUUUGCCAGACCACCGAGAUACCGCUCGGUGACCGAGGGUGGACGUAACGCGAUGAGCCUCUGCACCCCAACCGCCCUUCCUCUGGCCAUUAGUCUUCAGGGUACGCCGUUGUUGACGCCAACGCCGAAUCCGACGGCGACACCGGCGUCAGGAAGCUCGUAUGUGACGAUGAUGCAUCGCACGCCCAGCUCGCUAUACCGUGACACCUUCCACCAGCAUGAACACGAUCAGAAUUGUUGAGUGCAACGGGUGUGAACUCGUCGAAUGAUGAAAUACCCAAAUGAAACGCCCACUGUCUUUUAUGAUAGACGAAAUUUUAAAUAAAUAGAGACUUCAGGUUGUCAAGAUUCUUUCGAUGAUUUGAAUAAUAGAUCUGCUAGGGAUUAAUUUGUAUAAAAAUGAGGACUGCCAGUUAAUUAAGUAGAAGUUAAAUGACGAACGCUGACGUAGAGCAGAUGUUUGAUAUUGAAUUGUAUCGAUAGUUGUUGGAUAUCUUGAAGAGAUGUAUAUAAUUAAAUUUAUGUUAAAAGUCGAAUAGAUCAUUAAAAUUUAAUUUACUUUGGGUAUUUCAUCGUAAGAUUGAUGAAAUGUUCAAGUGCAACUAGGCGUAUCCAUUUGUUUAAUAAGUGUUGAACAACUCUCCCCCUGUGUCUUAAUGCUCAAUUGUGGUAGAAAACCAGCGAAGAACUGUGUAACCCCGAAGUAUGAAGAAUAUAUCUGGAUGUGAUAAAAAUACGUAUUACUUUAUCGAGGACGAAGACGAUCCUCUGGAAACUGCGGAGAAAUUGGUCGAUGCGUCUCUUAUUGAACCAAGGAUAUCUCCUAAGUUAAACUGUACCUCGUAGAAGAAUUGUAAAAAAUUAUUUCAAUAAAAUAUUACUUUAAUUACCGACUUCGUGUAUCCACUGACUGAUCAUUGAACGGAUUAUGAAUACUCUUAGAUUUUCAUAAUGUCCUUUCUUUCAAACUUGUAACUUUAUACAACUUGGAAACAUACUAAGAUGAUAUGUUAUUAAUCAGCGACGAUAUAUUUCAAAAGAAUCCAGAAAUAACUUGCCACUUGAAAAUAAAAAAUUGAUAAGAUGUAUAAAGGGGAACAAGCAUAUCCACUUCAGCUUCAUUUGUACUAACUUUUAUUUGACAAAUAAAAAGUAUCCAUUACAAAUAAUUGUAAACUGUAUAUCUUAUAUAGUACACACAUCGUGAUACGAGCGAGUUUAUGGCUCUCUCUUCUCUCUCCCUCUCUUUCACCCAUAUAUUUUCAUGUUACUUGUACACUUUCUCACACUCUCUCUCCCUCGUUCGACCCUUCACGGAUCACGAUUACAAGCUUUCCAUUUUCUUCCCCCCUAUGGGAGAAGAGUUUCCUAUCUCCGACGCACACUCAUACAAAAACGCACCUAAUUCUCUCUCACGCAUUUUGUAUGUAUGUUUCACCUGUUCCAUGUGUAAUAUUUAUCGUGCGAAUUGGCGGGGCAAGGCGAUUGGAAAAAUUUGAAUAAUUAAUUUUCUAAUCAAAAAUUGACCCUCUGAGGUGUAUACAAAACUUUCUAUACUCUGUAUUAAAUUCACGCUAUGAAUUCAAAUAUUUCGUGUACUUACAGAGAAACGAAGUACUUAAUUUUUCGGUAUUUCUUUCAAGUCAUAAAUGUAGUGUACAGGUAUUUUAUAGAAAUUGAUGCAAAUUAAAGGAACAAUGAAACACCACAAUGCUGUAUACUCAAAUCCUCGUGAGCUUCCAAUCAUUUUCACAGCAACGCUAAGUUAAAAAUUUCGCUUUAUUAAAAAUAUACAUUAACAUCGACAGAGAAACGAUUAAAAAAAAAAAAAAAAAAAAUUAUCCCAAUCGCCCAGCCGCAGCUAGACGGUACAAAUUGCUCGUCGAGAGUCGAACGAAAAUGCACGCUGGACGUAAAUUUCCAUUUUUGAUUUUCGCACUCGCGAUUGUCGACGGAGAAACACAAAAUCUCUGGAGGGUUUGGGAUGGCUCAUCGAGAAGAGUGGGAGGGGGGUUUGGGAUCUUUAAACCUAGGAGAGAGGGGACUGAUUCGGUGAACCACCUGUCGAUUGAGAUGCGUUAAAAAAAAAAAGAAAUGCCCUUUGAAGUCUCACCCCGACGAGGAGGGAGGAUGGUUUCUCUGACUGGUUUCCAUAUUUGUUUGUUCCUACUUAUUGUUGCCGUAUAUCGGGACUGUACCGUUGG